AUGGGUAAUCUGUCAGGAACAGUGGGUUCAGCACCUGAGGACCCACCUCCAGAUGUUGAGCAAGACUUGGUCAGGAUCCUACUGGAUAGAAGAGGAAAACUCAAGCAGCCAGAGGAAACCCUCUCAGACAUGGAGGGGAAGGGGGAGCAAACUUUGCACAGGAAGGCCCAGGCUGGCCCGCAAACGUGCGUCUGCCGUCUGACGCUGUCCCAGUCAGGUUGUGCACCAAGUGUGAUGUUCACAGCAAAUGACUCACUGCUUUCUCCUCAAACCGCUGUCCCCUCGGACCAUCCGCCCAUCCACGAGCCUCACAUCACUCUUCACUUCAACUCGGAGCACCUCACCUCACGCUUGGCAAGUUAUGGUAUCACAGUGUCUGAGCUGACUGGAGACCACCAGUUGUGUAAAGAGGAGAUCAAUGCCACUCAGAUUAUUGUGUGCACCCCUGAGAAAUGGGACAUUAUAACAAGAAAAGGUGGAGAGCGUACCUACACUCAGUUAGUGCGCCUUAUUAUCAUUGAUGAAAUCCACCUGCUGCAUGACGACAGAGGACCUGUUUUGGAGUCUCUUAUUGCGAGAACCAUUCGUAAUGUUGAGCUGACCCAAGAGGAUGUGCGCCUGAUUGGCCUCAGUGCCACCUUGCCUAACUAUGAGGAUGUUGCCACAUGUCUGCGUGUAGAUCCUGCUAAAGGGCUCUUCUAUUUUGACAACAGUUUCCGCCCUGUGCCCCUGGAGCAGACCUAUGUUGGAAUCACAGAGAAAAAGGCUAUCAAGCGUUUCCAGAUCAUGAACGAGAUUGUGUAUGAAAAAAUUAUGGAGCACGCUGGAAAGAAUCAGGUGUUGGUAUUUGUACACUCAAGGAAGGAGACAGGAAAAACUGCCAGAGCAAUAAGAGACAUGUGUUUAGAGAAAGAUACACUGGGUCUGUUCCUUAGAGAGGGCUCAGCAUCUACAGAGGUGUUGAGAACUGAGGCUGAGCAGUGCAAAAACCUUGAGCUGAAGGAUUUGCUUCCUUAUGGUUUUGCAAUCCACCACGCUGGUAUGACUAGAGUGGACCGUACUUUGGUGGAGGAUCUAUUUGCUGAUCGUCACAUCCAGGUGCUGGUCUCCACAGCGACUCUGGCUUGGGGUGUCAAUCUCCCUGCUCAUACGGUCAUCAUCAAAGGCACACAAGUGUACAGUCCUGAGAAAGGCAGGUGGACUGAGCUCGGAGCACUCGACAUUUUACAGAUGCUUGGUCGAGCUGGUCGUCCGCAGUAUGAUACUAAGGGCGAGGGUAUUUUGAUCACAUCCCAUGGAGAACUGCAAUACUAUCUCUCUCUCCUGAACCAGCAGCUGCCCAUUGAGAGUCAGAUGGUGGCUAAGCUGCCUGAUAUGCUGAAUGCCGAAAUAGUACUUGGCAAUGUACAAAAUGUCAAGGAUGCUGUAAACUGGCUUGGCUACACAUACCUGUAUGUACGGAUGCUCCGCAACUCUCCUCUGUAUGGCGUCUCCCAUGACGACAAGACCACGGAUCCACUCCUUGAGCGUCGCAGGAUGGAUCUUAUACACACUGCAGCCAGUGUCCUGGACAAAAACAAUCUCAUUAAAUAUGAUAAGAGAACUGGGUCAUUCCAGGUUACAGAUCUUGGGCGCAUUGCUAGUCACUUUUACAUUACACAUGACUCCAUUCAGACAUACAACCAGCUGCUGAAGCCUACUUUGAGUGAGAUUGAACUCUUCCGUGUUUUUUCCCUUUCAUCAGAGUUCAGAAAUAUCACAGUUAGAGAGGAGGAGAAACUGGAGCUACAGAAAUUACUGGAACGUGUCCCAAUCCCAGUAAAGGAAAGCAUUGAAGAGCCAAGUGCAAAGAUAAAUGUGCUACUCCAAGCUUACAUCUCUCAGCUCAAACUAGAGGGCUUCGCUCUUAUGGCAGAUAUGGUCUAUGUUACACAGAGUGCUGGCAGACUUAUGCGUGCUAUAUUUGAGAUUGUACUCAACAGAGGGUGGGCACAACUCAGUGACAAGACAAUGAACCUUUGCAAGAUGAUUGACAAAAGAAUGUGGCAGUCAAUGUCUCCUCUGAGGCAGUUCAAAAAACUUCCAGAGGAAGUGAUCAAAAAGAUUGAAAAGAAAAAUUUCCCAUUUGAGCGCCUGUAUGAUUUGAACCACAAUGAAAUCGGGGAGCUUAUCCGAAUGCCCAAAAUGGGAAAGACUAUUCACAAGUUUGUGCACCAGUUUCCUAAACUGGACUUGGCCGUUCAUUUGCAGCCCAUCACUCGCUCCACACUAAAGGUGGAGCUCACAGUUACCCCUGACUUUCAGUGGGAUGACAAGAUUCAUGGAUCAUCUGAGGCUUUCUGGAUCUUGGUGGAGGAUGUUGACAGUGAAGUAAUCCUGCAUCAUGAAUAUUUCCUUCUCAAAUCUAAAUAUGCCCAGGAUGAACACCUCGUGACAUUCUUUGUCCCUGUGUUUGAGCCUCUACCACCACAAUACUUCAUCAGAGUGCUAUCAGACCGCUGGCUCUCUUGUGAGACCCAGCUCCCUGUGUCCUUCCGCCAUCUGAUCCUCCCAGAGAAGUACCCUCCACCCACAGAGCUGCUGGACCUGCAGCCUCUGCCAGUCACUGCUCUCAGGAACUCUGCCUUUGAGGCUCUCUACCAGAACAAGUUCCCCUUCUUCAACCCCAUUCAGACUCAAGUUUUCAACGCUAUCUACAACAGUGAUGAUAAUGUGUUUGUGGGAGCUCCAACUGGUAGUGGUAAGACCAUAUGUGCUGAAUUUGCCAUCCUGAGAAUGCUCCUGCACAAUGCCGAAGGCCGCUGUGUUUACAUCACACCCAUGGAGGCACUUGCCGAACAGGUAUUUAUGGACUGGCAUCAGAAGUUUCAGGAUGUCUUGAAUAAGAAGGUGGUGCUUCUUACUGGAGAGACGAGCACAGAUCUGAAGCUUCUGGGGAAAGGAGACAUUAUAGUCAGUACUCCAGACAAGUGGGAUAUCCUAUCUCGACGCUGGAAACAGAGAAAGAAUGUCCAAAAUGUCAGCCUUUUCAUUGUGGAUGAAACACACCUAAUUGGAGGAGAAAAUGGGCCUGUCCUGGAGGUUAUCUGCUCAAGAAUGAGGUACAUCUCCUCUCAAAUUGAGCGCCCCAUCCGCAUUGUGGCUCUGAGUUCAUCGUUGUCCAAUGCCAAAGACGUGGCUCACUGGUUGGGCUGCAGCACCACAGCAACAUUUAAUUUUCAUCCCAAUGUCAGACCUGUGCCUCUGGAGCUGCAUAUUCAGGGCUUUAAUGUGAGUCACACACAGACCCGACUCUUGUCUAUGGCUAAACCUGUAUACCACGCCAUCAUGAAGCACUCUCCCUCCAAACCAGCAGUGGUUUUUGUCCCCUCCCGCAGACAGACUCGCCUGACAGCUAUCGACAUCCUCACCUUCUGUGCUGCUGAUGUGGUCCCUCAGAGGUUUCUGCAUUGCAAUGAGAAAGACCUGGCACCAUUCCUGGAGAAAAUCAAUGAUGCUACUCUAAAAGAGACUCUGGCUAAUGGCGUGGGUUAUUUGCAUGAAGGCCUGUCUGCCACUGAGCGCAAAAUAGUUGAGCAGCUUUUCAACUCAGGGGCUGUUCAGGUCGUGGUAUCCUCUCGUUCACUCUGCUGGGGUAUCAACAUCGCUGCACAUCUGGUUAUUGUCAUGGACACACAGUACUACAACGGCAAAAUUAAUUCCUAUGUGGACUAUCCAAUUUAUGACAUCCUCCAAAUGGUGGGCAAAGCAAACAGACCAAUGCUAGAUGAUGAAGGCCGUUGUGUCAUCAUGUGCCAAGGCUCCAAAAAAGAUUUCUUCAAGAAGUUCCUGUAUGAGCCUCUGCCAGUGGAGUCCCACUUGGAUCAUUGCCUCCAUGACCACUUUAAUGCAGAAAUUGUCACUAAGACAGUGGAGAAUAAACAGGACGCUGUGGACUACCUGACUUGGACAUUUCUCUAUCGCCGUAUGACACAGAAUCCCAACUACUACAAUCUGCAAGGUAUGUCCCAUCGUCAUCUGUCAGACCAUCUUUCUGAGCUGGUGGAGAACACACUCCAUGAUCUGGAGCAGUCCAAAUGUAUCAGCAUUGAGGACGAGAUGGACGUGGCACCCCUUAAUUUGGGCAUGAUCGCUGCCUAUUACUACAUCAACUACACAACAAUUGAGCUGUUCAGCAUGUCUCUCAAUGCUAAAACAAAGAUUCGUGGAUUGAUUGAGAUCAUCUCCAAUGCUGCUGAAUACAAGCACAUUCCAAUACGGCACCAUGAAGACACCCUUCUCCGACAGCUGGUUCAGAAAGUACCUCACAAACUGAAUAACCCAAAGUUCAACGACCCACAUGUGAAGACCAACCUGCUGCUUCAAGCCCAUCUCUCAAGGAUGCAGCUGAGUGCUGAGCUGCAGUCAGACACUGAGGAGAUCCUGAGCAAGGCCGUUCGUCUCAUCCAGGCUUGUGUGGAUGUGCUGUCCAGUAACGGGUGGCUGAGUCCUGCUCUGGCUGCUAUGGAGCUGGCUCAAAUGGUUACCCAGGCCAUGUGGUCCAAGGACUCAUAUCUCAAACAGCUUCCCUUCUUCACAUCAGAGCACAUCAAACGUUGCACUGACAAGGGAGUGGAGAGUAUCUUUGACAUUAUGGAGAUGGAGGAUGAUGAGCGCACUGCUCUUCUACAGCUGACGGAUGCCCAGAUGGCAGAUGUGGCACGUUUCUGUAACCGUUAUCCCAACAUUGAGCUUUCCUAUGAAGUUGCUGAAAAGGAUAACAUCAAGAGUGGCAGUCCUGUUUUGGUUCAAGUUCAGCUUGAGAGAGAGGAGGAAGUGACAGGACCUGUCAUUGCACCACUCUUCCCUCAGAAACGUGAGGAAGGAUGGUGGGUGGUUAUCGGAGAUCCCAAGUCCAACAGUCUCAUUUCAAUUAAGAGGUUGACACUUCAACAAAAAGCAAAGGUGAAGUUGGACUUCGUAGCACCAGCCAUGGGUGUUCAUAACUACACUCUGUAUUUUAUGAGUGACGCAUACAUGGGAUGUGACCAGGAGUACAAGUUCAGUGUGGAUGUGAAAGAGGCAGACAGCGAAGGAGAAAGUGACUCAGACUAAAUAGAAAAACAAUUUAUACAUAUAAAACCAAAUGUAAGCAUGUGCAAGUGUUGAUAUUCUGCCUCCAUAAAUCUGCUAGUUAUAUUUUCUGUUAGGUUAGCCUAUCAAAACCUGGGUUGUGACUUUUUAGUGUAAGAGUAGGCUUUUUUUUAAUGAAGUACUUCUUCAAAUCUCAUACAUUUGAUAAAGUGUGUUAGGUUAUUCUGCCCCACUGACUAAAGAAAAACUUUUCAAAGUAA